GUUUGAAAAGUAAAAAGUACAUGAAAAUGAAAUAACAACAAUCAUACUAAAAAAAAAAGGAGCCUUCUGGUCACGUAACAAACAAGAUGCAAAGACAUUGUUUUUUAAACAAUGAUAAGGUUAUAUUUAUAGACAGGUUUUCAACAUAACAAAACUCUCACUAUAUUUAUUUUGCCAAGUAUGUUAUACUAAAGUUUCGGGUUUCUUAAUUCUAUUGGAACAAUUUUAAUGUGGCGUUUUGACAGACAGAUGCGAAAAUCGGAACUAGUUCUACUUUAGGCAAUUUUAAUGCGACUAAACGGGUCGGGGGCAUCCCAAGUUUUUUCGUGUAUAAAUAGGUAGACUAAUUUCACUUCUUCUCGCUAUACAUUUUUAAUUUUAACUAUUCAAAAUGCUCCAUUCUCAUACAUCUUAUACCUCUGAGACCUCUCAAACCUCUUACAGUUCUAGCAACCGUGUCCAAUCAAGCGAGUCCCAAGCCUCUCUUAUUAUCCACGUUAGCUCUGCUACCGAGUUAGUUUCUCGUCAAACCUUUGGUAAGCAAGAUCCUUUCCUCCAAUUCUACUUGGAUGCCAAGAACAAGGACUCCUACUUGAAGACCUUUACUCACAAGAAUGCUGGUGAGAACGCUACCUGGAACCAAAAAUUCACCAUCUCUUUGAACGGUGAGCCUAACCUUUAUGUCGAAGUUCUCGAUGAAGAGAACACCGUUAACGAAGUUAUCGGUUUCGCUGCUAUUCCCAUCAACCAAGUUGUUCACGCUGAUGGUGCCUACAUGAACGGUCUUUUCCAAAUUUAUGAUGUCAAGGGUGAACGUGCCGGUCUCCUCAACUUACAAUUGGCUGCUACUGGUUUCCCCAACUCAAGAACCCCCGAUUUCGGCCAAGCUGUUCAAGGUACUUCUUUUGUUGAAGAGGAACACUGUGCUCGUAUGAAGUCUUCCAAGAAGAAGUCUACUGGUGUUGCUGUCGGUGGUGCUAUCUUCGGUGGUGCUCUUGCUGUCGGUGCCGGUCUUCUCGGUAAGAAGCUCUAUGGUGAACAUCAAGAAGACAAGCUUGAACAAGAAGCCGAAGCUGCUGAAAGCCAACGUCUCGCUGAAGAAGAGGAAACUCGCAAGCGUGAAGAACAAGAAAAGUAUCAACGCGAGCGUGAAGAAUUCGAAAGAGAAAAGAGUGAGUUCGAAAGCCAAAAGCAACACAGAUCUGAAGAGCAACAACAAGAACAUCACGAAGUUGAAGGUCAUCGUCGCCGUAACAGCGGUUCUUCCUCCUCCGAUGAUGAUAAUGAUGCCAAGAAAUGGAACCCCGUCGGUACCUAUGCUCCCGGCGACCGUGUCAAGUAUCAUAACCAAAUUUACAUGUGUCUCCAAGGUCAUACCUCUAACCCCACAUGGCAACCUGGAGCUGCUCAUUCUCUCUGGCAAGCCGAGUAAAUACCUCUUAUAAAUAUAUCACUCUAGUAUACUAUACUUUUUUAAAUAAGCUGUUCUAUUACACUAUUUGUUUACAAUAAAAACCCAUUGCACAUAUCGUACUUUUAUCAAAAAAUAACACGCGCUAUUUAAGUUUUUCUAUUACUCUUAUAUUUCCCAAUAGUACGAACAUCAUUUUAUAUAGUAAUA